GGGGAUUUUCAUUUUUAUUUCUUCUUCUUGAUUGAGUAGGGAAUCUCGUCUUUUUUCUUUUCUCUCCUAAUCCUAUUGUGCUUCACUUCAUCGCUUUCCACCGUUGACACUCAGUCUCGUCUUGAUAUCAUAUUCUCUCAUCUCAUACUCUGAGCUUUAACUUUCGCCUCGCAAAACAUCACAUCUUGUUUAAUCAUGUCUUCACUCGAUACCUCCCACGAUGAUAUCCAUCACGAGAAACCAUACGUGCAACACGUGGCCGGUGGACCCGAUCUCUCUCGUCAAAUAACCCUCCAGCUAAACACUGAUCAAUACGAACGACUAUUCUUCCAACCCUCAUCCGCCAAAGGAGAUCUCGUGAAACGACUCGGAAAUCCCACCCUCCUCGGCCUCCUCGGCUUCCUCGUCCCCUUCUCCUCCACCGUCUUCUCGCUCCUCACCUUCCAAGGCUCCUCCCCCACCUCCCUCGUCUCCAUCGGCGGAACCUUCUACAUGUUCGGCGGCAUCGCCAUGUCCAUCGCCGGAAUCUGCGAAUUCGUACUCGGCAACAGCUUCCCCUUCUCCGUCUUCAUAAUCUUCGGCGUGCACUGGGUCUACCUCGGAUUUCUCAACGAUCCGCUGCACGGCGUAGCCGCCUCCUACGCCACGACCGUCAACGGGGUCGCGGUGCCCGGUGCUCUGAGCCAGGAAUAUAAUGCCGGACAGGGAAACUACUCCGUCGUCAUGGCGCUCAUUUGUUUCGUGUUCCUCUGCGCUAGUCUGCGCACCAACGUCCCGUUUGUAAUUGUGUUCUUCACCUUGAUAUUCGUGUUUGGUUUUCUCGCAGCCGGGUACUAUCAAUUGGGAUACAAUCCCUCGGAAGCGGGCUUGGAGCAUACAAUGCACAUGUUUAAGAUUGCGGGUGGGUUUGGCUUUGUGACUAUUGUAAUGGGAUGGUAUUUGGCCAUCAUCACAUCGUGUGCAUCGACGGGAGUACCAUGCCCAUUACCGAUUUUCGAUUUGAGUUCCAAGGUCUUUUUCCGCAAUAGGGAGGCUGCGAAGACAGAACAUGCGGGUGCUGUUAGGACUGACAUGGUGUAGGUGUGAGAAUAAGAUGUGAGUCUGUUUGACAUGAGGAGAUAUGUUGAGCGGAUGUGAUUUGUAUCGAAUUAUACAUGAUCGAUUCAUAAGGAAUAUGUGUUAAUGAAGGGAUUAAUGAAGGUUGAGUGUAUGUAUAUAUUGAUAUUCCUAUUUUUGUGUUCAAAAUGAGCUAGCUUGAGUAACAAAUAAAUAUAUUGAUAAUCUAUUUCAAUCA